CUGCCUGCGAGAGCGGAGCCGCGCGAUUGUCGUACAGUAUUGCCAGACAUGGCGGCGGAUCUACAACCCGAGUGGAUUUCUUGUCUCCCGUCUUCCUGGAGUUAUGGGGUUACUCGGGAUGGACGCGUCUUCUUCGUUAACGAAGAAGCCAAGAGUACAACCUGGCUGCAUCCAGUAAGUGGCGAGGCGGUAAUAACCGGGCACAGAAAAACUCCAGACCUACCCACAGGAUGGGAAGAAGGAUAUACUUUCGAGGGGGCACGGUGCUUUAUCAAUCACAAUGAGCGGAAGGUGACCUGCAAGCAUCCUGUCUCAGGCUUACCCUCACAAGACAACUGCAUCUUUGUCAUCAACGAACAAUCUGCCUCCAAAGUGCCAGCGAAUGAGAAGAAGGAACGAGCUCUAAACACCAUGAGUGAGGCCUCCAACUACACAGGCGGCUCGGACUAUGCCGCAAACCCCAGUAGCCCAGCAGGAAGACCCUCAAGACCUUCCAAAAAAGUCCACAAUUUUGGGAAGAGAUCCAACUCUAUCAGGAGGAAUCCUGGUGCCCCAGUAAUCAAGAGGAACUGGCUUUAUAAACAGGAUAGUACAGGGAUGAAGCUGUGGAAAAAGAGAUGGUUUGUGCUGUCUGACCUGUGCCUCUUCUACUACAGAGAUGAAAAAGAGGAGGGGAUACUUGGCAGCAUCCUCCUACCAAGCUUUCAUGUAUCUAUGCUGUCUGUGGAUGAUCACAUUAACAGAAAAUAUGCUUUCAAGGCGACACAUCCCAACAUGCGGACAUACUAUUUUUGCACAGACACGGCCAAAGAGAUGGAGUCUUGGAUGAAAGUAAUGACAGAUGCUGCACUUGUGCAUUCAGAGCCGGUUAAAAGGUUGGACCGGCUAAAAGUGGAGCAGUGUGGACCACAAGAGAUCAACCAUGUGGCUAACCACAAGCCACCACUCACACAGCCUGAAAUCCAGAACAACGAACGCAACCGUGAGGCUGAUCUUGAGCGCACUGCAGCUGCAGUCUCCUCCAGUAUGGCAGAAGAAGAGAGGAAGCAGCGAGAUGCCGAGCGCUACGGCUUCCAGAAGGACGGGGCAGAACGUGAACGUCCACUCACCAAGAUCAACAGCAUCAAACUGCUGCCCGCCCAGGCAGCAGCCGUCAAAGCUAACGUCACCUCGCCACAGACUCCAACUGAGGUGGAUGGGCCACACCGUAGCCCCCAGGUUAAUGGAUCUGGUGAACAGUGUCCAGCUGAUGGGACUAGAGUCCCUCCUCAGCGAAGUCCCACCCAUGAGCCAGACCGCAACCUAAGCAGGACCAGCUCCAUGCAGCAACUGGAGCAGUGGGUUCGCACACAAAGAGGACGUAACCAGGACGAUGACACCCGGAGCAUCACAUCAUACCAGACUCUGCCUAGAAACAUGCCAAGCCAUCGGGUACCCUAUAUGCCUCAUUAUGGAGAUGGCUACCGCAGUAUGCCCAGGAAUAGCAUCGCACAGCGGGACAGCAUCUGCAGUAUGUCGCCAUCAUUGUACGACCAAGCCCUGGGUCCCUCACCGAUGGACAAGCGACGCUCCAUGCGCGAUGACACCAUGUGGCAGUUGUAUGAAUGGCAGCAAAGGCAGGCCUACAGCAGGCAGCCAGGGCUCUACAGCAAUAUGGCCAGUCCCAAAACCAUGAUCAACCUGUCAGAGCAUGCCGCACCGAGCCACUCCAUCCCCCCCUCACCCUCCCACGGCUCCCUCUCCAUGUACGGCGGCUACUCUCCGAUGCGAUCCUACAACGUGAACAAUGCUCAUUCUGAGGUUUCCUCCCCCAUCUACAGAAGAGACAUGAGCAUUGACAGACGGCACAGGUCUCAACUCAACAAGUAUGCCUACCCACCUGAUAGAAGGUCUAUGCCUGCAGGGAUCCCAGUCCAGACUAUCACUGCCCAGUCUCUUCAAGGCAAAACAUUGAGUCCAGAAGACUACAGAGAACAUCCCUAUACAUGUAUGCCAGAAGAGUUGGACACUGAUACCAAACUUAGCAGGUUGUGUGAGCAGGAUAAAGUGGUGAGGACACAGGAGGACAAACUUCAGCAGCUCUACAGAGAGAAGCACACUCUGGAGACAGCGCUGCUGUCAGCCAGCCAGGAGAUAGAGAUGGGGUCUGAUAACCCGGCUGCCAUGCAGAGUGUCAUCCAGCAGAGAGACUUACUGCAGAGCGGCCUUCUCAGCACCUGCAGAGAGCUGUCCAGAGUCUCUGCUGAGUUGGAGCGGUCGUGGAGGGAAUAUGACAAGCUGGAAGGAGAUGUGACUCUGGCUAAAAACAACCUGCUGGAUCAGCUCGAAGCACUGGGAAGCCCUCAGACAGAGCCUCCCAGCCAGCAGCACGUCCGCAUCCAGAAAGAGCUGUGGAGGAUUCAGGAUGUGAUGGAGGCCCUCAAUAAACACAAAGCUCAGAGAAAUGCUGUUGAUGGGGUGGGUUUCUAUGGGUCCAAGACCAACUUCAGUAAGCACAAAAACGAGGAGGAGGACUCAGUACCCCCACGGCCACCCCUACCCCAGUCCUACGAGCCCAACCCCCCUACUGUGCCCUCUUUACCCUCUCAUGCUGGAGUGCGCCCUUCAUCACUCCACAGGCCGGAGGACAGGAAGGCCAAUCACAGGAACGGCACACACAGCGGUCCAGACUACAGGCUGUAUAAGAGUGAACCAGAGCUCACCACAGUAGCCGAAGUGGACGAGAGCAAUGGAGAGGACAGAAGUGAACAUCCGUCUGAUAGAGAACAUUCUGGAAACAAAGGGAUGUCCUAUCCUGUUGGCAUCGUCCCACCCAGAACCAAAUCUCCGGUGCCUGAGUCGUCCUCCAUAGCUUCAUAUGUCACUUUAAGGAAGAGCAAGAAGCCUGACCCUAGGACGGAGCGUCCACGCAGCGCAGUGGAGCAGCAGCUGUGCACUGUGGAGAGUGGUCGGCCCAGGAUGAGUGUGGAGGAGCAGCUGGAGAGGAUCCGUCGCCACCAGCAGGGUGCCCUGAGGGAGAAGAAGAAAGGUCUCAGCAUCCGGGGCAGCAACCAGGAGAACACACCCUCUCGCUUUCACUCACUCACUAAAGAAAACCGCAGCAUGCAGUCCCAAAUGAGACGCAGAGAUGAGGUGAUGAGCAGCGACAUUCAGGAGCUGGAGGCCUCUCUCAGGCAGCAGGAGGUGGUAAGGGAGCAGGAGACACCUGCUGAGGAGAUCGCCCGUCUCAAAGAAGCCUCGCAGGCUGACCACUUCAAUGUGGACCGAGAGCUUUCUGUGCCUGACAAAGUGCUGAUUCCUGAACGUUACAUAGAGUCAGACCCUGAGGAGGCUCUGAGCCCUGAGCAGGAGGCCGAUAAGCAGAGAAAAGUUGACCGCAUCAAAGCCCUCAUAGCAAAAAACAGCAUGCAAAAUGUGCUGCCUAGCAUUGCCCUGAGCCCAGAGGAGGAGACUGAAGAGGAGGUUAACGUGCAGGAGAAAGAGAAGAUGAUUAAUAUCUCCUACGAGCUGGCAGCGGAGGCCUCCAAACGCAGCAAGCUGGUAGCAGUGAAAAGCCUGUCGUCCUCUUCCCCACCCCUUCCACAGUCUCCUAACACACCCCCUCAGCUCACUGACGGGUCUCACUUCAUGUGUGUCUAGUAGCACCACACAGGCUCUGGCCUCAGUAAAAACCUACACAUGAAGGAAACAGCAGUAGAAGUUUAAAGAUACCCCUGAAGACUUUCCCAAGGACAUCAGCACAAAGCCACGGGCCAAAGAGAGUGAAACUGCCUACUCUGUCCUCUGGGGUCUUAACCUAUGACUUCUGUAUGCUCACUGUGACGUCUUAAGCUCCUAUGCCACCAACAUCACUUUCUCUGAGACAUUUCUCUGCAGUUGCUUUGAGACAGCUUUGAUACCGUUAUUGUUGCAGUUACGUUUUCAGUUUUUACAAGGCUUUUUAAGUUUAUUUUAUUAUUUAUAUGGUUUUAUCAGGUUUGUAUAUGGGCCAAUGUCUGUAUAUAAACGAGGAAAAUAGACUGAGCUCUGUUGUAAGCCUAAGGGCUUGUGAUUAAUUGCUUUUGGCCAUGCAACAUUUUCAAUUCACCUGUCCAAAAAGGUUACAAGACCAUGCUUUCACAUAAUUUUAUUUCACUGAAGCCUUUUAUAAUUCAUUCAAUUUGUUUUUCAGACAUUUUUCAUCAGCCAACCAUUCACAUUUAUCCAUUUAUUGUAAAGAACAUUUGUAGAUGCGAAAAAACAAGUAUGUAAGAAAUAUAGAUCCCUCCAUUAUAAUGAAAGGAGGAGCCACUUUAUUGCUGCAGACUAAGAUUAUUUGUAAUUUCUCCUGUUUCUGGUUUGUAAUUAUUUAAAAAUGGGAUCUUCUGCAGUCCCUGUCGCAUUGUUGCCGACACUUAUGUGAAUGUUCUGGCUUAAGUCCCUCGAUACUGUUUUUUUUUUAAUUGCUGAGAGAUAUAUUUAAACUGAGAAAUGGAAAAAAAAUCAGAUUUUGGUUCUAUUUUAUGAAAUGUUGGUUUGAUGUCCUGGAAUUAAAAACAAAGAAAAAAAAGAUUAGCACAUGUAAAAAGCAAUAAAAGUAAGAUGUUUGUGGAUCCAGGAUUAAUUUUUUUGUGUGUGUACAAAGUGUAAUUAUCAGAGGUUUACUGUGUAUAUAAUGUACAUGGUACAGGAGGAUGGGAGGAUGUAUCCAACAUAUGGUUACAUACUAGAUUUGAUUUGCAAAUGUUCAUAUCCCAUCUGUUUUAUAUCAUGUUAAAUAAAUGUUGCUAU